AUGGCUUCCGCAGACGAGCUCAAGGCUCUCGGCAACAAGGCCAUUGCCGAGAAGAACUUUGACGAGGCUGUCGCCAAGUUCACCGAGGCCAUCGCCCUCCAACCCGAGAACCACAUCCUCUACAGCAACCGUUCGGCCGCUUACGCCUCCAAGAAGGACUGGCAAAAGGCGCUGGACGACGCGAACAAGACGACAGAGAUCAAGCCCGACUGGCCCAAGGGCUGGGGACGCAAGGGAACCGCCUACUACGGCCUGGGCGACCUGCUCGCUGCCAACGACGCCUACGAGGAGGGACUCAAGGUCGACCCCAACAAUGCCGGCCUGAAGAAGGAUCUCGCCGCUGUGCAGAAGGCCAUGAAGGCGGAAGCUGGUGGUGACGCCGGAGACCCGGGUCUCGGCCUCGGCAACAUGUUCAACGACCCCCAGCUCCUCCAGAAGCUCGCCGCGAACCCCAAGACGAGCUCGUUCCUCUCCGACCCCACCUUCAUGGCCAAGCUCCAGCAGAUGAAGGAGAACCCCAAGGCCUCCCCCGACCUUUUCAGCGACCCCCGCAUGCUGCAGGUCCUCGGCGUCCUCAUGGGCGUCGACAUGCAGAUGGGCAUGCCCGACGACAUGCCCGGCGCCUCCAAGGACACCGAGAUGCCCGACGCCCCCGCUCCCCAGUCGAAGCCCGCUGCCCCCAAGAAGGCGCCCACCCCCGAGCCGGAACCCGAGCCCGAAGAGCUGGACGAGGAGGCCCUGGAGAAGAAGAAGGCCAAGGAGGCAGCCGACAAGGAGAAGGCCCUGGGCACCGAGAACUACAAGAAGCGCAACUUCGAUCAGGCCAUCGAGCACUACACCAAGGCCUGGGAGCUGCACAAGGACAUCACCUACCUGAACAACCUGGGCGCCGCCUACUUUGAGAAGGGCGACUACGAGAAGGCCAUCGAGGCGUGCACCAAGGCCGUCGAGGAGGGCCGCGCCAUCUACGCCGACUUCAAGAUGAUCGCCAAGUCGUACGCCCGCAUCGGCACCGCAUACGAGAAGCAGGGCAACCUCGACCUCGCCAUCGAGAACUACAAGAAGUCGCUCACCGAGCACCGCACGCCCGACGUCAACGCCAAGUUGCGCGCCGCGGAGCGCACCAAGACGGAGCAGUCGCGCCUCGCGUACAUCGACCCGGCCAAGGCCGAGGAGGCGCGCGAGGAGGGAAACAAGAAGUUCAAGGAGAGCGACUGGCCGGGCGCGGUGGCGGCGUACAGCGAGAUGAUCAAGCGCGCGCCGGACGACCCGCGCGGCUACAGCAACCGCGCCGCGGCGUUCGUCAAGCUGCUCGAGUUCCCCAGCGCCGUCGAGGACUGCAACACGGCCAUCAAGAAGGACGCGACCUUCAUCCGCGCGUACAUCCGCAAGGCACAGGCCUUCUUCGGCAUGCGCGAGUACUCCAAGUGCGUCGACGCGUGCACCGAGGCGGCCAAGGUCGACCUCGAGCACCACAAGGGCGCCAACGCGCGCGAGAUUGAGCAGCAGCAGCAGAAGGCGUUCAACGCCAUGUACUCGGCGCGGGAGAACGAGACUGAGGACCAGACGCGGGAGCGGCUGGCCAAGGACCCCGAGAUCAUGAGCAUCAUGCAGGACCCCAUCAUGCAGUCCAUCCUCCAGCAGGCGCAGUCGGAUCCGGCGGCGCUGACGGAGCACAUGAAGAACCCCGAAAUCAGGUCAAAGAUCCAGAAGCUGGUGGCGGCGGGAGUGAUCCGCGUCGCAUACAUCCAACUCAUAGAAGUAAUCGCCACAUCGCCCCCGGACCCGCCGUCCCCAGCUCUCCACCUCAUCGCCUCCCUCCCCUCCGUGCUCCGCUACGUCGACGAAGACAACCGCACCGUCCUGCACCACGCCGCCCGCCUCGGCCGCGCCGAGAUCGUCCGCGCCGCCAUCUCUACCGCCGGGCCCGACGCGAUCGUCGACCCCCUCGACGCGGACAGAUGCACGCCCCUGCACCUCGCGAGCCGAAAUGGCCACCUCGAGGUCGUCACCACCCUCCUCGCCGCGGGCGCCGACGUCCGCGCGGAGGAGAGCUUCGACGAGACGCCGCUGCACGAGGCCGCGCGCAACGGGCACGCUGAGAUCGCAAGGGUCCUGAUCGCGGCUGGCGCGGUGGUGGACGCGCCGAAUCGCGACUGCGGGACGGCGCUGCACGUUGGCGCGAGACGGGGCAUGGAGGCGGUGGUUGAGGUGUUGCUGGAGGCCGGGGCGAAUCCGGCGACGAGGGAUGCGGUGGGGGAUACGCCGCUGCAUGACGCGGCGAGGGGCGGGCACGAGGGGGUUGUGAUGGCGUUGUUGGAGACGGGGAUGGUCUCCAUCGAAGCGCAGAACGCGAACGAUUUCACGCCCUUGAGCGUCGCGGCACGGCAUGGGCGGGAGGCGAUUGUGCGGAUGCUGGUUGAGCAGGGGGCAGACGUGGACAGUCUGUCGAAUGAGUAUUGCACGCCGCUGCACCAGGCGGCGUCGGAGGGGCACGACGGGGUUGUGAGGAUAUUGAUCGCGGCGGGCGCGGAUGUGGAUCUGCAGGACCGGGAUGAGCAGACGGCGCUGCAUGCGGGCGUGAUGUUUGAGCACGCGGCGGUGGUGGCGAGUCUGUUGGCGGCGGAGGCGGAUGUGAAUUUGAGGGAUACGGAGGACUGUACGCCGCUGCACCACGCGGUGAAGAACGAGAACAAGGCGAUGGUGCGGGAUCUGCUGGAGGCUGGGGCGGAUCCGACGGUGAUUAGCGCGACGGGGGAGACGCCGCAGAGUUUGGCGCGGGUGCUGAACCGGAAUUCGAUCGCGGAUUUGUGUGAGGCGCCGCAGGUGAAGGUGAGGCAGGGGGUGGUGUCGAAUUUCCGGCCGAAGCGGUGCAGGCCGCCGGGCAGGCCGAAUCAGGAGGAUGAGAGGGAGGCGUGCCGGCAUUUUAAGGGGCUGUUUUGGUGUCCGACGAGCGAGGUGAGGUUUGAGGGGCUGAGUGUGUGGGAUAUGUUGUACGAUCCGGAGACGGAGCUGCGGUUGACGCCGAGGAUGCCGGCUGUGGUGGGGACGCCGAAGGGUGGUGGGGCGGCGACGCCGGUGCGCAGUCCCGGCGCGAGUCCGGUGCGCAGCCCUGCGGUGUCGCCGGGGGCCAGUCCGGCUGCGAGCCCGCCGCGGAGCCCGUUGCUUUCGCCCCCGGGAACGACUGCCGGGGGGUUGACGAUGAAGGAGAUGAAGAGGGGCCAGCAGCAGCGCCGGCGCAAGAGUUCGUACGCGAGCCGAAUGCCGGAGAGGCCGGUGAAGAGGUGGCUGCACCUGCCUGCGAAUAAUGUGGCGUGGGUGAUGGAUCUGGUGCAGCGCGUGUGCGCGAUGGAUCAUAGGACGGACGCGGAAUGUAACCGGAUCAUGGCGUUUAUUGAGGAGACGUUCCAUGAGAUGCGGACGGGGGAGUUCUACCGCCGGCCGCAUUUUAAGAUGGAGGCUGCUGCUGCUGCUGCCGAGGAGGCGGUGGGGCUGGGAGUUGGACCGCCGACGCCGCCCAUCACGCAGCCGACAGCGACAACGCCUGGCGGGAGGAUGUUCUCGAUGGUGCUGCCCAUAAUCGACGUCGACAUCGACGAGGGCACGAAAAACAGCCUCCGGAACGUGCAGAUCGGGGACGAGGCGCGGCUGAUGCGGCCCCUGGAGAUGGUCGCCGGCAACGACAGACGCGUUGUAGUCCCGCAAGGAGCUGCCGGUGGUGGGACGCAGCGACGGCACCCCCUAACCGCGAUGCCGACUAACCUCCAGCACUACCUCUUCCCGCACCUCGCGCACUUCGACGCCAUGGCCAAACUGCGCGCGAGCUUCACCAAGUCGGAGUACCACGUCCCGCGGCCGCUGGACCAGUCCUACCACGAAGCCCUGAGCGCGGCGGACCUGGCGCUGCGCAACGAGAGCCAGGUGCUCUUCCGGUACCUGCGGCGGGUCGAGGGGCGGUUGGUCGCGGAACAACAGCAACAGCAGACGGCGGAGGAGGAGGUGUGUCCGCCGCCGCUGGUGGAGGACGCGCAGGGGCAGGGGAAGAGCCCGUUUGAGAGGCACGUGCAGCGGACGUUCUCGCGGCAGGCGAGCUCGAAGCAGAAGAAGACGGACGGGACGAAGGCGGAGCUGGGGAGGAUGGCGGGGCGGCAGGACCAGGCGAGUAGUGUGCAGGCGAAGAUUUCGCGGGAGAAGAGGAGGAUGGAUACGGAGAGGCGGAAGCAGAUUUUGUGUGUGGCGCAGCUUUGGGUGUGGAGGAUUGACGAGAAUACGAUCAUCACUGCGUUCCCUGAUCGGUGGGAUAACAAGAACGCCAAGACGCUUCUGAACGAGAUCAAGCAUCGCGUUUUGGGGAUCAGGGAUCUGAGGUCUGAGGACACGGAUAUGAUGCGGAUUGUGGAGAGUAUCCUCGAAAGCGCGCUGGGAUACAGCGAGGAAGAGUUUCACUUUCAGUUUGAGGGGCCGAAGAGUUAUUGCACCGUGUUUGCGUCUUCAAUUGCUCACGUUUCAAAUGAGGCAAUGAAGCGCUACGCCGAGUUCAAGGCGUCCAUCAAGAAGAUGGGCACGUCCAAGACUGUGUUGGACGACCUAAGAGCCGAAAUUGAGCUUCUCCAGGAGAUUGACGACAUCCGAGAAGAGAUCAACAUGAUCAAGCGUGUGCUACGGUCUCAAGAGCGUGUGUAUGAGGAGUUUAGGGGCUCGGAGAUUGGGGAGAAGUGUGGGGACGGGAAGGAUGCGGCGAGGAAGGCGUUCAAGCAUCCGACCUUGGACUUCUUCAAGAGGUUGGAGGAGGAUGCUAACCGUGUGCGAGACUCGAUCACGACAUUAUUGGAUCUCAGGCAACGCGAGGCGAACAUCGAAGAGGCUCUAUCGGCCAGCGAGCAGUCCAAGAUCCUCUUCAUCUUCACCGGCGCCACCGUCGUUUUUGCUCCCCUCUCGUGGGCAACCGGCAUUUUCGAGGUUAGCAUCGAAGGUCUGGCCAGCCCCACCACUGCAGGCACACUGAUCAUCGCAUGUGUGCUGAGUCUCUUCGGCACCCUGCUCCUCAUCGCCUUGUCUCUCCAGAUCUACGAGUUCAUCACACAGGGCAAGGCGAAGCAGAUGUACCAGAACGUGUGGAACUUCUUCGAGAUUAGGAGGAAGGACAAGGCUGCUUCUAGCUCGAAGAGCUCUCCACCCUCAUCAUUGGAUGCGUCAACACAAUUGAGUAGGCAGAGGAGAUCUUCGCUCUCGCAGCCCGUUGCUGCCACGGCUUAA